AUGGCCGCUGCCGCAGUUGUUCAUAAUCUUCAUCGUCAAGCUGUUCGAAGAGAGCGUGUCUUCAGAGACCGUGAAAAUCCUUUAGAUUAUUUUAAUGACGAUCAGCUGAGGGAGCGUUUUAGGUUUAGAAGACAUUCUAUUUUAUUUAUCCUCCAGUUUAUUAUUAAUACAAUUCAACCUCCAACCAAUAGAAGUCACUCAAUACCGGCAUUAUUUCAGUUAUUGAUUACUUUGGGAUUUGUAGCCAUUGGUUUGUUUAUGUUUGUUGUCAGGGAUACAAUCCCCAGGAUAUCCAAAGCAACUGUGUCCAGAGUGAUAAGAAGAGUUACUGUGGAAAUAACACGUCUUGCAGGACAGUUCGUACAGUUUCCUAAUGGAAGGCGACUUGAAGAAGUAAAGAAGGGCUUUUUCCAACUUGCCGGAAUGCCCAAUGUAAUAGGUGCCAUCGACUGUACUCACGUACAUAUACUGGCACCAACUGGGGCUAGGGAGCCAGAUUUUGUGAACAGAAAGGGCAGACACAGCCUAAAUGUACAG